AUAAACCCCACCAAUGUACUCCCUCUCCAUCUCUGCUCUGCAAUCCAUUGAUUUCAUUUCUUCUCCUUCAUCUUCUUCAAUCCUCUCCAGUUUCCUUACACGCAUACCCAAAUCCCGCAUUGAUGCCUUUGCCGCCACGAAUUCUACGACCACCGUCGGGGCCGGAGCCCAUCUGGUCCACUCCGGCGCGACCAGGAAAGAUGUAUGGACCAGAAACCCAUCGAGAAGACAGACCAAAGAGCCUAUUUACUUGGACCGCACCAUAGACAUGAGCGAGCUCCUUUCUUCCAUCAGGCAAACCCGAAACGAGCAGGAACUGUACUGCUUGUUGUCCCCGUACAACGACAGGCAACUGUCGAUUCGUUUCAUGGUCUCGCUCCUCUCGCGGGAACCGGAUUGGCAGAGGUCGCUCGCGCUACUGGAUUGGAUCAACGAGGUGGCUCGGUACUCGCCGUCCGUGUUUGCGUACAACGUGGUGUUGAGGAACGUGUUGAGGGCGAAAAGAUGGGAGCUUGCACACGGGCUGUUCGACGAAAUGCGCCAGAGAGGUUUGGCGGCAGAUAGAUGGAGCAAGACGGGGUGUCGGGUGAUCUUGUGUUGUAUAGUAACUUGAUUGAGCUUGCUAGGAAGUUGUGUGAUUACUCCAAGGCUAUCUCCAUCUUUAUGAGGUUGAAAAGGAAUGGGAUUACCCCUGAUUUGGUUGCGUAUAACUCGAUGAUCAAUGUGUUUGGGAAGGCAAAGCUUUUUAGGGAAGCGAGGAUGUUGUUGAAGGAAAUGAGGGAUGUGGAGGUCAUUCCUGAUACCGUUAGUUACUCUACUCUGUUGACUGUUUAUGUCGAAAAUGACAAGUUUCUUGAGGCCUUGUCAGUAUUUGCUGAGAUGAAUGAGGUGAAGUGCCCACUUGAUCUCACGACGUGUAAUAUCAUGAUCGAUGUUUAUGGACAGCUCGAUAUGGCUAAAGAAGCGGAUCGGUUGUUUUGGAGCAUGAGGAAGAUGGGAAUCCAACCUACUGUAGUAAGUUACAACACGCUUUUGAGGGUUUAUGGAGAAGCCGAGCUUUUCGGGGAGGCUAUCCAUCUAUUUAGAUUGAUGCAGAGAAAAGACAUUGAGCAAAACGUUGUCACUUAUAACACGAUGAUCAAUAUCUAUGGCAAAACGCUUGAGCAUGAGAAGGCUACAAAUCUCAUUCAGGAAAUGCAGAAGAAAGGUAUUGAGCCCAACCCCAUCACCUACUCGACAAUCAUUUCCAUCUGGGAAAAGGCAGGAAAAUUAGACAGGGCGGCAAUGUUAUUUCAGAAGCUAAGGAGUUCGGGGGCUGAGAUUGAUGUUGUACUCUAUCAAACAAUGAUCGUGGCUUAUGAGAGGGCAGGGUUGGUUGCUCACUCCAAACGUCUCCUCCAUGAACUGAAGAGACCCGAUAAUAUCCCUAGGGACACCGCCAUCAAAAUUCUCGCUAGAGCUGGUAGAAUAGAAGAGGCGACAUGGGUCUUCAGGCAGGCUUUUGAUGCAGGGGAGGUUAAGGACAUUUCUGUCUUCGGAUGCUUGAUUAAUCUCUUCUCCAGGAACAAGAAACACGUGAAUGUGAUCGAGGUGUUUGAGAAGAUGAGAGGAGCUGGAUACUUCCCCGACUCUGAUGUGAUUGCUCUAGUCCUGAAUGCAUAUGGGAAGCUCAGGGAAUUCGAUAUAGCAGAUGCUGUUUAUGCGGAAAUGCAAGAAGAAGGGUGUGUGUUCCCAGAUGAAGUCCACUUCCAGAUGUUGAGUCUCUACGGUGCAAGGAGGGAUUUUGUUGCAGUGGAAUCCCUAUUCGAGAAGCUGGACUCCGAUCCUAACGUCAACAAGAAGGAAUUGCAUCUUGUUGUUGCCGGCAUAUUUGAAAGGGCAAACAGACUGAAUGAUGCAUCGAGGAUCAUGAACCGAAUGAGGGCGGUUGCAAUGUCGGGAACUUAUGACCACAUGAAUUGAAAUGGGGGUCCUCUGAUGUUGUGCUGAAUCUUAUACAUUUCGAUAUGUUGUGACUUCUAUGUCAUAAAGGAGGGCAAACUUGGUGUGGAGCCUUCAAGCGGCAGGACUUGUGGAAAACGAGAGAAAAACUGUGAAGGUUAUAAGCAAAUGGUGUGGGGAAGGGAUGAGUUUAGGUAUGGUGGUUGGUUGAUGGGGUUAAGUGUAUAGAUGUCCCUUUGUUUGCGAACCAUUUUGCGAUCAAUUAUGGCGAUGUGAUCUUGAAGCCAAGCUCAGAGUCGUCGUUUCUCAGAAAAAUGAGGCAAGACUUUCACGUCGUGUUACAUGAAAUGAUACAGUUAAGAGUAGAAGAAAGAAGUUUCGUUGACAUGAGCGUCUGUCCGGCUGUCGAGGUCGGGAAUUAGUCAUUGGAGAAUAUAACUCGUAGUAGUCAUGGCCAUGAUGUAAGGCCGUAUAGCACGUCAAGGUACCCAAUUUUCAUCUCUUCUUUCGGCCGUCAAUGGUUUAACGCGAUUAGCAUAUCGGUGAUGAACUUAUAUGAUGAAAGUGUCGAAUUCAUACACAGUUUGUUUAUCAUCAAAAUUCAAUCGGAGACAUUUUUCUACUCAGCUUAAUUAAAGAAAUG